CCAGCAACUAACAUCGUCACUCUGUUCAUCUGGAGAGAGGAAAGUAGACAGAAAAUCUGAUCAUGAUGGAGCACUUCAAGCCAGCAUUUGACAUUCUGUUCGAACAAAUGAAAAAAUCUGGCAGUUUUUACAUGACCUUCUUUGCUCUUUUUCUUUACCACAUUAUGUUUGAUGACCACUUAAAAUGCUUGUGUAAAGAUGGUGUUAAACCAGACAUUACCGCUGACCAGUGUAUCUACUACAUGGUGUUUCCAGCUGUGAUCUUGAUUUUCUUGACUCUCUGGAUGGAUGUAGAGUUUCAACGAGUCUUGAGAAUGACAUGCAGAUGCAGAUGUGAUUUGUCUGGAAGACUGUUGGGAAUCUUCAUUAAGGCAGUCUCUAAAGGGUUGCUGUGGGUUGUGUGUGUGCUUUUUGAUGGAGACUGGUACGUGUGCUAUCAAAGAGAAAAUCAUCCCUGCAGAUACAACACUGAUAACACAACAUACAAAAAGGACCUAGAAAUGCAAACUAAUUUCAAAAGGUUCUCCAUGGUUUACGGCUCAGGACUGGUUCUGUUUCUACUUGUUGGGAAUUCCAUUCUGACUGCAGUACCUUGGAGGGAUGUCUUUUGUAGAUGCAAGGGUGUCAGAUCUUAUCACAGGGAACUAUUUGAGGAGAUUAUUUGGGAAGAGACAGCAAUUCUUAUUGAAAAAGACUUAAAGAGAACAGCGCAGGAGUUUGUUGUUAUUAAAAGCAGAGAACUACUACGCCUUUCGAAUGCCGCUCAUAGAAACACACAAGGAGGAGACGGAAGCACCACCCAUCCUGAGGUGGAAGAUAGUAGCAGCAGCACCACCCAUCCUGAGGUGGAAGAUAGGAACAGCAGCACCACCCAUCCUGAGGUGGAAGAUAGAGUGAUCACCCUUAAGAACCUUCAUUUUAACAUUAUAUCUGAUCUAGAUAAUGGUAUAAUUAAUCAAAUCAACACUAUGUACCAGAACCCUAACCCUAACCAGAACCCUAACCCUAACCAGAACCCUAACCAGAACCCUAACCCUAACCCUAACCCUAACAUUUUUGCUUAUCUAUGUUCUUGUAUAACAAGUGUCUUCUCAGCAAACAUCGAACAGCCCAGGCAACCAACAAAUGGAACAGAACUCAAUAUCUUUACCCCUAGCAAUGCCCCUAGCAAUGCCCCUAGCAAUGCCCCUAGCAAUGCCCCUAGCAAUGCCCCUAGCAAUGCCCCUAGCAAUGCCCCUAGCAAUGACUAACAAUGACUCUAACAAUGACUCUAACAAUGACUCUAACAAUGACUCUAACAAUGACUCUAACAAUGACAUUUUUGCUAACCUAUGUCCUUGUAUAAAAAGUGUCUAAUCAGCAAACACCGAACAGGGAGAAGAACUCAGAGACAUGCACAGCAGCAACAACGGAAACCAUACAAGAACAACCAAAUUCAAGGAACGAUAACCGAAGAAGUUGCCAGAUGGCACUAACUGAGAAAGACCCUCCAACUGUGGUGUAAUAUUGGUAAAUGGUAUAAUAUAGAUUUUUUGCAUUAAAUGUGUGAAAUGUCACAUAUUUGGUUAUAAUAUGUAAAAUGAUAUAGACAUUAAUACUAUCAUUCACCUUAUGUGAACAGUUUGUGAAAACUAGUUUUCAAGCAACCCUGUGUUUAUAAGGCUUCUUCUGUCUCACAAUAAACAGUGUUUCUGGUUAAGGUGGCAGCAAUAGUUUGGUACAAUACAACUAGUUUGGGUUAAAUGAGGGGGACUGAACAACUGUGGGUGAUAAACCUCAACAACGACCCUGUAUAAGUCUGUAUAAUGUCACAGGGUGGAAAUGUGAGCCGGGUGGCAAACAUGAGCCUGUUAGACCACAGUGAUGGUUGACAGAGCUGUUAUAAGUCAUCUUUAUUUCUAGACUAUAAACAAUGUAACCUUCAUUAAUGAAUGUGUUAAUAUAACCAGUGAAUUAUUGUUUUUGUCCUUGAUGCUACAAUUCAUAUGUUGUUACUGUUGAUUGUGUUCUGUCUUUAUGUCUACCUUUAACAAACAAUUAAGAAUAUAUAAUAUUACUAACAAUCUUUAUCUCCUCCUGUCUUCAAUGUACCAUAGCUGUUCACUUUGCAAUACUAUACAUGUUUAAGCUGUUCAUUUAGAAGAGUCUCUAAAAUAAAAAUAAGUUGUAUUUUUUCCUGUA